CAGGCUACUCCAUUCCAUCUCUCAAAUAACAUAUAUUCCUCUAUUAUGUCGUUAGAUAUUUUAUCCGUGCAUUCAAGCGGCAUCACUGCAGUGCAAUAAUAGAUGUGAUUUGACGCAGGUAAAGUUCAUAUCGUUUCGUCCUCAGACUUUCCCACGUUAUAACACAUUGGAUUCGGUGUUGUGGUAACUUCCUCAGUCUCACGCUGCACGAUACACAUAACAUGGGACUCCACGUGCAGUGGAUGACUUGUUUAUAUAACACGACGGACAGCCCUCUGGGCCAAUGAACUCCAAUUUUUGCAAACUCGUCAUCUUCGCUAUGGAAACCCGUAGUUUUCAGCCAAUUGGGAAACGCUUAGAGCGGAGUCUGAAUCGAGGUCGCUCGCUGAGCUCGCCGAUUCGUUUAGUAGGCCCGUUCCGGUCCGUUCACGUGUCACGUCAGAAUCCCGUCUCUCAUUGAGGAAUGCUGGAGUAAAUACUGACCGUUUUAUGCAAUGUUCGGUUUUGCUUUAACAACUCGGCACCGAGGACAACAGAGAGGCGAUUUUUCUCGGCAGUACAGAUUGCAUCCCCACUCCUGAGGCAUCAUUUCCAUGCUUCAUGGCAUUGCCAUGUGGAAGGUAGCUUAAUCUCCCAUCGUUUGCCUUUUGGUCCACCCCAUGUCUGAGGACAGUAAUCCAAAGCACUACCUGUACUCAACCCUGAAAGGGUGCGAAAGGAACCGGGAAAGGGUCGACUUCCAGAUGGAGGAAGAGGAAGGCUCUCCCUGCGGCUCCAUUAGCCAACUUCACCGCAUGGCCGACAGUUACAAGGGUUGUGGCGGACGGGAUGGAGGAGUCGAACUGGAAGCAGAGUUGGGAUUGGCCUCCGAGGGGAGCGACAGCAGCCAUGAGCACCCGGCCUUGUCGGGCUCCCCGCACACCGACAGGAAGCGGCCACGCCCACCCUUACACGAGGAUGUAGAGAUGGGAGGCAGCGGCUCGAGUGGGAGCGGGACAGAAUCCCAUGGUAACGAGUCGCAUGGCAAUGAGUCCCAUGGCAAUGAAUCUGUGGGCAGCUCAAAUGCCAAUGGCAAGGAUUCCGCUUUCUUGGAGUCUUCAUUGAGCAACAAGAGCUCAAACUCUCACAGCCCCUCGCCGCCAAGCAGCUCCAACGCCUUCAGUCUGAUGAGCUCCGAGCAGGACAACCCUUCAACCAGCGGCUGCAGCAGCGAACAGUCAGCCAAAGCUAAGACACAGAAGGAGCUCUUCAAGACCAUCAAGGAGCUGAAGACGCACUUGCCGUCGGAAAAGAGGAGCAAGGGCAAGUCCAACACUGUCAACACGCUCAAAUAUGCGCUGCGAUGUGUCAAACAGGCGAAAGCCACUGAGGAAUACUACCAGUUGCUGAUGAUUAAUGACAGUCAACCGCCAGCGUUUGAUGUAUCAUCCUACACCAUCGAAGAAAUCAACAGCAUCACCUCUGAAUACACCCUCAAAAACACUGAUAUUUUUGCUGUUGCCGUCUCACUCAUCACGGGGAAAAUUGUUUACAUCUCGGACCAGGCGGCGUCCAUCUUGAACUGCAAUCGGGACGUGUUUAACAAUGCCAAGUUUGUGGAGUUCCUGUCACCUCAGGACGUCAGCGUGUUCUACAGCUUCACCACGCCUUACCGCCUGCCCUCAUGGAGGAUGUGCACCGAAGCAGACUCGUCUCCCACAGAGUGCAUGCAGGAGAAAUCCUUUUUUUGCCGCAUCAGUGGUGGUAAGGAGCGUGAAGGAGAUUUGCAGUACUAUCCUUUCCGUAUGACUCCAUACCGGAUGAAAGUCCAGGAUGCUGAGCUGGCUGAAGAACAGUUCUGCUGCCUCCUGCUGGCCGAGAGGGUGCACUCUGGAUACGAAGCACCCAGAAUUCCUACUGACAAGCGUAUCUUCACCACCACACACACACCCAACUGUGUAUUCCAGGAUGUGGAUGAGAGGGCUGUUCCUCUGUUGGGUUACCUCCCUCAGGACCUGAUUGGGACCCCUGUGCUACUCAAUCUGCACCCAAGUGACCGACCCUUGCUGCUGGCUGUGCAUCGGAAAAUUCUGCAGUAUGCUGGUACGCCAUUCGAUUACUCCUCGAUCCGUUUCUGUGCGAGAAACGGCGAGUACAUCACCAUUGAUACCAGCUGGUCCAGCUUCAUCAACCCCUGGAGUCGCAAGGUCUCCUUUGUCAUUGGCAGGCACAAAGUCCGCACGGGUCCUGUGAAUGAAGAUGUUUUUGCAGCACCAGCUUUCCACGGAGGGAAGAUCAUGGAUUCAGACAUCCAGGAAAUUAGUGAACAGAUCCACAGGCUGCUACUCCAACCGGUCCACAACAUGGGUUCUAGCGGUUAUGGUAGCCACGGCAGCAAUGGUUCCCAUGAGCAGCUGGUGAGCAUCAGCUCGUCGGGCGAGAGCAACGGGAACGUCGUGGCUGGGAACCCAGCGGAGGAGACAAACAAGGCCAAGCCUUCCAGGACGUUCCAGGAGAUUUGUAAAGGGGUCCACAUGCUGAAGAACCAGGACUCCCAGGUCUGCCUGCGCUUCCCUCCCCCUUGGCCCUCACCGUCGCCAUCCAAGCCUGAGCAGAAGAAGACCUCUGACCCAAUAGUGGCAGCUCAGAAGAGUCCAGCGUUGCGUUUGAAAGACUCAGCGCCCCCUCUGCAGGUCAGAGACGGUACUGCAGCCAGCAUGGAGGACUUCACCUGCAAGGACCAGACUGUCUGCUCCUACCAGCAGAUCAGCUGCCUCGACAGUGUCAUCAGGUACCUGGAUAGUUGUAAUAUCCCCAUCACAGUGAAGAGGAAGUACCAGUUCUCCAACUCCGAUGAUGACAAGAAGGGCUCAGAGGAUGGCAUGCAAGUGCCUCAGGACACAAACCCAGACCCUUUGAUGCUAGAUGCUCAGCCAGGCCUGUCAAACAUGAAAGCACUUAAGAAGCCUUCAUCUGGGGCAGUGGCUGUGGUGGGAGGCCCCCUGGCACCCCUCACCCUACCAAGCAAGGCUGAGAGCGUGGUGUCAAUCACCUCACAGUGCAGCUACAGCAGCACCAUCGUCCAUGUGGGAGACAAGAAGCCUCAGCCAAAGUCUGAGAUCAUCGAGGACGUGGUCGAAAGCCCUGCGCCCCCAGCUCUGCCUGUCAGCGUGGUGUCUCCCCCCAGCCAGGAGAAGGAGGCCUACAAGCGGCUGGGACUGACCAAACAGGUGUUGGCUGCACACACCCAGAAAGAAGAGCAGGCCUUCCUCAAUCGCUGCCGAGAGCUCUGCAACGCCAGGACCUUCCAGAAGGACUGUUUCACAUAUCACCACAAGCAGAGAGGUCCAGCCAGUGCUGAAGAAUCAUCUGGUCUACGAAGUUCUGCCAAACAAGGCACCACCAGGCCUGAGACUACUGCCAAGAAGGGCAACCGCAACAGGAAGACCAAUAAGCCACGGAUGAAGCAUCCUGAUUCGUCAGACAGCGCCGUAUCAAACCGCAAACCCCGGCCUCCUCUCCAGGGUCUCAACCAAACCUCGUGGUCCCCAUCAGAGACAUCCCAGUCAGCUUUUAAUGUCUCCUACCCAGCCAUGGGACCUGCCUAUCCGCUCUACCCCACUGGACCUGCAGCCCCAGCUCAGGCCCCCUGCCCUGACCCCUCCCUUUCCACAGGCUUUGGAGAGGGGCAGAGCACUCAAGCCCCACCGACUGCCGCUCCAUUUGGCGCAACCAUUGUUACACCUGUGGUAGCUCUGGUGCUACCCAAUUACCUCUUCCCCCAAAUAGGACAGUUGGGUCAGAUCGGGCAGCUGGGGGCUCCUAGACCAGCGUUUUUCCCUGAGCAGACCCAGACGCAACCUGCCUACACUUCUCAGCAGCUCUUUCAGCCCCCACAGCCAGGCUACGCCAUGCAAACACAACCCCCCUACACCAGCCAACCGCCGUUCCCUGUGCAGACUGCCUUUACCCCCCAGCAGCCAUUCCAAACCGCUCACACCCCCUUCACUACCCCGCAGCCUUUCCAGGCCGCUCAGACUGCCUAUACUACCCCGCAGCCUUUCCAAACCACACAGACCCCCUACACUACCUCGCAGGCUUUCCAAACCGCACACACCCCCUACACUACCCCCCAGCCUUUCCAGGCCCCUCAGACUGCCUACACUACCCAGCAGCCCUUUGCUGCCCAGCCUUCUUUUCCAGUGCAGACUCAGUUUAUGGCCCAAGCCCCAUAUCCUGCUCAGCCCUUCCCAAUGGCCAUGGAGCCCCAAGAAGGGGCGGCAUCACGUUCCGCCACCCCAGCCUCUGGAGCGAGAGAGCCCGUCACGUCCCCGCAACUGUUUGAGUCACGUUGCAGCUCACCCCUGCAGCUCAAUUUGCUGAGCACGGAGGAGGGACAGCGCUCAGUAGAACGGCAGGACAGCGCAGCGCCCCUUGCUGGAUGCCACGGCUACAGUACAGUAGCAGCAUCGGGGGCAGCUGGAGCAGCAGGGGAGAAGAACGAAAACCCCCAACAGGUGGAGUCUCCAGAAGAUCGGGCUCACAGUGACGGUAACUCCUCAUCCUGCGACUUGCUGGACAUCCUGCUUCAGGAGGACUCCCACUCUGGGACCGGAUCAGCCACCUCCUGGCCACCUGGCUCCAUGGCCUCAGGAUCGGGCUCAGGAUCGGGCUCAGGCUACAACGGCUGUGGUACAUCAGCUAGUGGAGCUUCUGGCAGCAGAACAGGGAGCAGCAACACCAGCAAAUACUUUGGCAGCAUUGACUCUCUGGAACACCACUCCAAGGCCAAAGCCAAGACGAGCAGCAAAGGAGGCUCUGAAGGAGGCCAGUCGCAGACCAAGGUCUCAGUCCAAGGCGAGGGAGAGCUUUUCAUCAAAAAUGUUCUCCAGGAGCCCCUCUGGCUGCUGAUGGCAAAUGCUGAUGACAAGGUCAUGAUGACAUAUCAAAUGCCAUCCAGGGACAUUCAGAGGGUUCUGCGAGAAGACAAGGAGAGGCUGAGGCAGAUGCAAAAGAGCCAGCCUCACUUCUCCUCAGACCAGCGACGAGAGCUAAUGGAGGAACACCCCUGGAUGAGGAGGGGAGGUCUACCUGCUGCUAUCAAUGUAAAGGAGUGUAUGUACUGCGAGGACGCCGCAGCGGCCCCAUUCGAGGAAGACCUGUCACACAUGGAAAUGGGCGAGCUGGGCGAGGAGCUGAGUCAAGAGGUCCAGAACGCCCUAAGCCAAUCAGAGGAGUCUCAGCCUCAAGCAGACACUGGCUGCUGAACGUGCACGCCACCAGCAGGGGGGGACACACUCGACCAGCCAUGGACCUUUGUGAUGCGCACACACACACACACAUUGUAAAUGUGAGACAAACAGCUAUGUGCCUGACUAUCUUUACAAACACAGCAUUAACUCAAGCACAACUCUGUGUUGCCAUUGUGGUGAAAAUGAGGAUGUGUGCUGCUUGUGUGUUGUGCGGAGGACUGCUGCUGAAGUACAGUUCUUGAGCUGCCCAUACAGGGGGCAGUAUCGCUUUAUGUGGGUCUUUGUAUACAUGACCCUCAUAGUAUAGUCCUUUUGCCAGCUCGCUCACACACACAGCCUCUCUCUCCCUCACUGAAAGAACCUGGGCACAGCCUGUGUAGUUGGUGACCUUUGGCCUACCAAAUAUUUUUAUUUAAAAAAUAUAUAUAUUAAUAUAUUUCAUUGUUUCCCAUCCUUCUUGUCAGAGGCAGAGCUUUACAGCAACAUGAGCAAUUAUUAUUCUAAAAAAGGUAAUAGUUAAUGGGCAUCCUUUUAAAAAUCUUAUAAAUAUAUUUGAUUUUAAAGCAUUUUAUUUUGACAGUAUAACUGUCUUAAAAUAAUUACAAAAUGUUAACAAGCGCAUGUUAAAAUAUCUGCUGCCAGUUAUGUUUUCUUCUUUUGCCACAUGGUCUUAUUCAAGCCCCCUCAAACCCCAUUUGUUUUCCCAUUUUUGACUAUGUAGAAUAGUUCAGUCAGGACCACUUUGUCAAAAUAGAUUCAUUCAUCUGCAAUUUGUUUUUGGCGGUAUGGCUCUGUUCUGGGGCCUCCUCGCACUUCCACGUGCAUACGUGGAAAGCAUGAGGCAGGGCGAGCACAACGCCCUGCCCUUCCACGUGCAUGUAUGGAAAGCCUUAAGCGGGGAGAGCACCGACAGAACAGAGCAGCAUCAAUGACAGAGACUAAGUCAGAUAACAUGAAUUUAAAAGGAGGAGCUGGGGGUGGAGGUGGGUUGCAAGCGCUAGCAGAGAUGCAGCAAGCUAGGCUAGAUAAUAGGCGAGCUUGACUCUGUGACCUGCCAGAACUUACACUAUGCUUCAUUUGUGGUGCACGUUGGAUGAUGUAGGCUGGGUCCAAAUGAAGGGAGCCCCACCUCAGUAUAAUGGGCGAGUUUUUAUCUCCCUACUCCUCAUCAAAUUGAGUAUUUGCAAUAUCCAGGCACAGAGCAGUGGUUGCACCUGACUCAACAGGCCGCAGAAUGACACACAGGCUGAUAACUUUCCUAAACUGUGAUACAUCGCACAAGCUAUUCAUUUUAUUAUAUUUUUUAUUUUCUACCAGAUAAUGUAUCUAGAAUAGAUUGAUUUCAGCUAAAGCCAAAUCCAUUCCACUAAAAGGCAGUACUUGUUUGGAAAAAAAACCAUAGACCUUAAAAAUAGUGGACAUAGCCUCAGUGCUGUCACCAAUUGGUUUGUGGACUGACGUUUUGAAGCCAGGAGUUUGCAUUGUGGCCGUCACAAUCUUAGUAUUUUGGAGCCAGAAGUGACCACGUUCAGCAGAAUGUACGACAAUGUAAGACAUUUCUAGGCGACCAAAGUGUUCCAAUUAACUUUGAUGAAGUGAAAACACACAGUGAGAGGGUCGCAGUUUAAGAUUAAAACACAGACAACUUCCAAAAACCAGUUCACAGUUGUUUUAGUGUAUACAGUGCCAUGAAUAUGCAUUGCUUAAGCCUCUAUCAUGAUUGACAAGUCGGCGUGUAGCCACGCCCCUAAAGCAUCCCCUGCUUUAUUGUCUUAUUUUAAAAUAAAUGUGACCAUAAUUUACUAAAUGAACAUCAUAGUGUAUUGAAGACGACUUGGAACGACCAAUUGAGGCCAUAACCUUGUUAGGAAAAUGUUUACUGAGAUAAUAAAUCAAGUGAAAAGUAGGGUAAUUUCCCUAUAGACUAAUAUAGAAACCGACUUCUUUUUGGAGCCAGUGGAGUCGCCCCCCUGCUGGAAAUGAGGUAGAACGCAGGUCUUGGGCACUUCUGCAUUGGCUUCACUUUUCAGGCACGGAAGUUGCCGAUCACUAUAAACUGCAGGAUAUUUGAGUCACUUUUAGUUGACAACUAUGAACUGGAGUUAGCUAGUCCUUUUCACAGAAAAACUUCAAAGUGUUGUAGGUCUCUGCAGAACCUUAAAACAGCACAGGUGCUAUGAAGCAGCAGGCGUCAUCACAGAUUUAGAAGCUGCUGAAAUACGUUUUGUUAUAUGAAACAAUCAGCAGCACAAAUGGAUACAUUAAAAAGCAGAGAGUAUGGUGGUUGUCCUCUUGAAUAGAGGCUGCAAAUCAAGGUCCAAGCUGAAGAGAAGUUGUAUUCAAGAAGUUUUUAUUGUAUUCAAACUAGGAAGGUCCUUGGGAUUAGCGUUUCCCAUUCACCUCUAAUUUCUAUCUUUAAAUUAUAUAUUUGGUUUUUAAAACAAUGGUGUAUCUAUGUAUGUUGUACAAUAUAUGUUGAAAAAAAAAUGUCAUGAAUGUAUUAUGUAACAAAAUGUAUUUUGUUUUUAUUUUAUUUUUUUAUUUUUUUUUAGUACAAAUCAGUGGGGAUUUAUACAUUAUGCAAAAGGACAUUGUCUCUACUUGCCUCCUCUUUAGAGACAUUACCUCUGCUCAUUUUCUCACACAUCUCUUGAACUGGUUUCCCACACGGAGAAACCUUUUUUUUUUUACAAUAUUUCGAGCCCCAAAAAAGGAAUCUAAAUCAUAAGUCUCUGCAGGUGUGUGUGUGUGCUGCAGUAUAGAUCCUUGACUAAAUUCAAAGCUGAUGGUCAAAGCGCUGUGUACUUAAAAUCAGCCCUUAAAAUAAAUAAGCAAACCAGGGGACGCGUUGCCUAAGGAACCUUCUCUAGACCCCUGGGUUACACAGGAAGCGGUGACACGCCUGCCCUGCAUCUGGUCUUACCAUGAAGUAUUAAGGAAAGCGUUGAUCCACAGUGGCUUCAUGUAGUCGAGGUAAACCGUAGGAGAACUCGGAACAACUCUGGUGCUACAGCAGGGUGAGGCAAGGCUUAGGAAGGUAACCCCGACUGGACCAAGAACAUCUCGCUGACGGAGUUUGUUUUCAGGAUUUUCUCUUUUAAUUUCUCGUUCUCUUUUCAGAAUGUUUUCUAUUUUUCUAUUUCUUUCUCUCUCGUGUGUUUUGUUUUGUUUGGCGAAGGUAGGAGUUUUUGAGUGUCUUUUGAGACGGACCCUACCUCUAAUAAAAACCAGGUCAUGUUACUGUAAGCAGAACAUAGCACAUGAAUGCAUGUGGGCAAAGCGCAAUGGAGAAUGUGGUCAGAUACUUAACUGUAAGGGAUUCCAGUGAGUGAUGGGCUUUUUCAGAGAGUCUCUGCCUUUUUAGUUUGUGGACUCUUCUGUCUGCUUUCUGUAUCUAUGAAUGAAUACACAGAGAGGACCUGCGUCUGUCACCGCCUUCAAUGUCUAUCUGUGUCUCUUUUCAAAAUAGAUUGAGGGGGGCCCACAACGCCCACCUGUGUACAAACCCUUAAGGAAGCAAGACAAUGCUGAGAGUAAGCCAGAGAAUAUUUAAGCCUUCAUUCUCAAAGGGCCUCGCUUAGAGGGAAUCCAUUUUUUAAAUGAAUUACAGACUGGUGGGCUUUUGGAAGCACCCUGCUCUGUAAAUGCAUACACACGCUACUGGCGCAUGAUGUGUAUGAUCAUGUACAUUUGUGUCAUUUGCCACUGUAUGUGGUAUAUUAAACUAGGACCGUUUUGUGCAUUUUUUUGUAGGUAAGAUGAUGUGUUUGAGAAACAAUGUUGUAAUAAAACAAUGGAUAUAUAA